GACAUCUGUAAUGCGGUCCACACUCUGCUUCUGUGAAUACAUCCCUGUGGUUUGUUGAUUUUUUAGUGGAAUUAGUGUCGGCUUUUGAUAAAUUUCAACGUAUACAUUUUUUGUUCUACUAUCAAGAAUUAUUAAAAUUUCGAAUAUAAUUACAAAAAUGAGUGCGGAAACAAAGAGUGGGAGCAGUAAUCUUGUUUCGACCGUGAUAUCCUGUAUACUGAGUUUGGUGAUAUUCGCAACUAUGCGCUUUUACUCCAGUUGGAUCACGGCUACUCAAAUGAAUACAAUCGUUGGGGGCUUCAUUGGUUCGUGGCUUUUUGUCUUUGCCCUAACUGCUGUAUCGAAUAUGGAAAUGCUUGUAUUUGGUCAUGAUUUUCAAGCAAAAUUUAUACCAGAAAUUGUGACUUGCCUAACUUUGGCCACUGUGGCAUCCGGUGUGGUCCAUCGUGUUUGUGCUACUACUUGUGUUUUCUUCUGCAUCUGCGCUUUAUAUUUUGUAAAUCGCAUUUCAAAUAAAUACCACAACAAAGGAUCAAUUGCAACGGAUCAAAUUCCCAUUCGACGUGGUGGAGGCAAGAAAAACAAAUAAGUGUUGACCACAAAUCCCAGAAUAAUUCGAAAUAUUAUGUAAUGAUUUAUAAAUGUAUUAAUUUGUGUAUAUGAGCAAUGAUUUUAUCACCCUACUCGAACUGUGCGCAAAUUCAGAUAUUUUUAUUCCGAAAUGAAUUAUUUGAAUAAAUAUAUAUAAAAAAAAGAUUAGUUGUAAUUUUCACCGAAUAUAGUUAUGCCUUCAAAAUAAAUGUCGGUCUGAUUUGUGUCUGUACCAAUAGGUACAGCCGAGACAAACCUGAAGUUAUGCAUAUAUUUUAUUUUUGUCCAUGCUUUCUGACUGAAAAGAUACAUGAAAAUAAACGUAUGUAUAUAGCUGUUUAGGAAAUAAGUUUUCAUUAUACUCAUAAACAUAUACCAUCUUUUAUAUAGGAAAUCACGUACUCUCCUUUGUGUAAUCAGCUACUUAUAAUGGAAUAUGACUUGACUUAUAUUCAAUUAGUUGUAGCGGCAGAUUUGUGCCGAGUUGAUAGUCCUUGGCUGGAUAAAAAAAUCCGGAUACGUUCCGGUUAAGUAAACCCGACUGCCGUGGGAACGGUAUAUACAAUGAGAAUGGCGGUUGUCUUCGGCAGGCAACGGCAAAUCCUCGAGGGUCUCCUUGUCAUACAAACGACCAAAUAUUUAAUAAACUGUAUGAAGCAAUUAAUCUCUCAGAGAACCCUCCAUUGCCCGGAAAAUUUCUCUCAACCAAUCAUCUAAGAAAAAUGUAGCUGGAUUUAAAAUAAAUAAAUAAAUUAAAUUUGGUGUUGCUCAUACUGCAUAAGUUUCAUUAUAUAAUUACUUUUACCUAUUUUUAGUGUUUAAUAAAUGAUAACAAAUUUAUUUUGCAAUAUUAUUUUUUUCUUGUAAUUUUAUAAUUAAGUUUAUUAAGUAUUUUUUAAUUUUACUUUUCAUUAAUUUAAUUAAGUAUGUAUGUAUAUCCUGCACUUAUUAGUAUGCCAGCAUCUUUUAAUAAUCGUUUAGUUUUCUCUCGUUAAUUCUUAGUAUACUUAAUAGUUUUUUUUUUAUUUCAGUUUUAAGACCAUUCAAAUUUUUGUUUAUGUUCUUCGUAUUUGAAUGCUCGAAUUUCAUAAACAAUAUUUGUAUUAAUAUUAUUCUUUCUGCGUUUCGUUUUUUAGCAGUUAAUGAAUAUUUUGUUUAAUUAUGAUUUGUUUACAUAAUUUGAAUUUUGAAUAUAUUAAGAUUUGUGAAUUAUUUAAUUUAAUAUUAUUAUGUAUUAGCAUAAUUUUCGUUAAAUUUUCUUUUUUUAUGUGUUUUUUUCUGUGACAUUCAUUUACAAUACUAAAAACACUAACCACUACAUCUAAAUACAAUCGUCACAAUUUGAUUUGGUCAAAUUUCCUUCGGCUUUAAUCUGUUUUUAAUAUUUGUGUAAUUUAUUUUUUUUAUAUCUGCAUUAAAUUACAUACCACUUGAGAAUAUUUCUCCAUAACGACCAGUGCACAGCUUUUCACAUCAAGCCCAUUGGAGGUACUUCUCCAAGCAAGUGUUGAAUAUGUCUGUCUAAUGUAUUGGACUUACCAAUUCAUAUUUCUUAUUUUAUAUAAUCUAAUUUAAAAUUUAUUUUUUUCUUAUAGAUUUACAAACUAACAAUAUUCUAUUUAUGCAAAAUACAUCAAUCAAUUAUAUUGAAAUAACUAAAAGUAAUUAUUGGUUCAUAUGUGUAUGUGUAUUAAUAUAUGUAUAUAUAUAUAUUUUUUUUAUUUUUAUAAUUUUGUGUUGUAGUGCUAUAAAUAUUGUUGUCUCAUCGUAUGCGCAAUUUAACAUUUAAUUUGCUUUGUAUACUUUUGGUUGUGGCUUGUCAGGAGGCACAUCCACAGCAAAUGCCUAUAUUUGUUUAGGUAAUUCGUAAGUACAUAAAUUUUUUCAUGUAUGCAUGUAUGUAUUUACAUAUUUUCAUAAACAUAUUCGAAUAUAUAAAUGCAAUAAUAUCCUUUUAUCAAUUUCUAUCCAGCUCCAUAAGCAUAUUAUUACGCUUGUCUUAAUAUUUAUAGUCAUCAAUUAACAAUUCGAAGAAGUUAUAAAUAUCUAUGCACUUCGUCCAAGUUGCCGCAAUUAUAAAUUAAAUUCAAUAAGUUUUUUAAUAAAAAAUAUAUUGUGUACAUCUGUGCAUGCAUAAGAGCUUAUUUGUUUAUACAUUUAUUAUAUUACAUAUUCUUAAAAUGCAUACAAACAUUUUAACACUCAAUUUGUUUUAUAAUUACUUAAGUUAAGUGUUUUUAAUAAUUUACAUUUUUACAGCUGAUUUCUUUAAUUAUUAAAAUACGACUUAUAUACCACAUCUACGCUACUCCUUUUUAGGUAGUGUUUCCGCGAGUCGGUCACCGCGGUAACUUCAAACCGAGCCUUAAGUAUAAAAACAAAUACUAAAAAAUUUAAAAUUAAAAAAAAAAAAACAAUGUAAAAUAA